AUGGUAAAGUCACCAAAGGCCAAGGUAUCUCGCAUUACGACUGCUUGCAAUCCGUGUCGCUCCCGGAAACAGAAGUGCAGUGGGAGAAGGCCGAAAUGCGAACAGUGUACCGAAUACAACCGUACAUGUGAAUGGCCAGAGCAACUCAAACGAGGACCGGCCAAGGGCUAUGUUGAAGCCUUAGAGCAACGCCUCUACGAGACGGAAGAUGUAUUACUCAAAGUGGUCUCUCAGCUGAAUCAAGCACAACUGGCAUCCAUACUAUCAACCCAGAGUUCAUUUUCGACAGAUGAUGGAUCUCAAGACAAGAGAAAGACUUCUCGUGUAACCCUACUACCUUCACGCAAACGAGGGGUGGAGUAUUGGAAGUCGUUUCCCUUGCAUGAUGCCGAGAGUAUACAGAGAUGGCAACAAGACUAUCAUCGUAACCGAUCGAAUUUCAGUCCUAACCAGCAUGAAGUAGAGGAGAGUAGUUUGCCACAGCCUGUUGCGCUUCUUUCAUCAACAGGCGAUAAUAGCGUUGAAAAUCAGUCAAGCUUGCAAUCAUCAAGGGAUGACACGCUGUCUAUGAAUAUCGAAAGAGACCAGGCUUCGUCUCCUAUCAUCGGAAACGACACCGGACGUAGGCCGCCGAGACCCAGAGCAAACCGUGUUCGAUCUGCCAGGAAGCAAGAUGAAAGCAACAUGUCUCAACUGAGCUCAUGGGAAGCUGCACCAUCUAAGGAAUUUCAACAGCAGUUUCUUUGGUAA